AUGGCCAGCCUGCAAAUGCAAAACCGGACCCUUUUAAGGAUUAUUGAAAAUUCCAAGAUUAGAUCGCUAUGCCCCCAGUGUCUCAAAGGCUUUCCCCGCUCAGACGCCCUAUACGAACAUUUUCGACGAACCAGCGACAAAAUACAUGAUGGUCUUGACAUGAGGAGCACCGACUUCGGCCGGUUUUUUUCCUGCUACCAAGUAGCUCUUAGGGCCUCUAUCCUCCCAGCGCAACUCCAGUUUGGCGCCAAAUGCUUCGAGUACCGGUUCAUUGUCGAACAUUAUGGAGAAGGCGACGAGAAUCGCCAGAGUAUAUGUCAAACAAACAACACCAAUACUGGCGCCACAUAUUCUUGGACGGAUACUACUGCCCCAUCUUCGGACACGAACUAUAUUCCGAAUGAUUUUGGCAGUAAUCCCAUGGGAUGGAGCGGCAACGAGCGCCAGGACUGA